GCUCCCUCUUUAAUUAUUACAAAUGUCCUACCUUCUCCAAUCCUCUUGUUUCCUAACGCAGCCCCAAUCCUCAACGAGCCAAUCUACAGCCCAGAAUGGGAUGUUUGGAUUUGGCGGCUUUGGGCGUCACCUUCCCUCAAUUUGUAACUCAGCUUAUACCUUUAAUAUUUCGCAAUCAAACUGUAAAAUAAUUAUUCAGGGUGGCCAAGUGAGUCAGCAAACCAGCAACGCUGGAAGCGGAGGAAAUGGCGGCAACGGGAGACCGCCGCCGUCUGGAGGUGGUGGCCGUGGUCCUGGAGGAGAAGAUAAUAGGGAAAUCCCAAUUCUGGGGUUGAUGGGGCCUGUGGGUUUCUUGAUGACGUCCUGCUGGAUACUUAGAAAUCCUGAGCUUGCUGAUCCAUUUCUGUUUAAAGCUGUGACAGAGGUGGUCACUCGCUAUUCUUCUUCAAUAUUUUCCGGACUUCAGAAGAAGGGGAAGGAGUUUUGGUCUAAAUUGUUCGCUGUAGACAUUCUGUUUGGGGUGGCAGCCAACAUUGCUCUGGAUAAAAUGCUGGCAACUUAUGCUCGUAUGGGGCCACUAUCAUCUGCUUCCAGUGGUUUUUUGGGGCACCUGCAAAGUGCCUUUGCUUCUCUACCAAGCAGUAUAUUUGAAGGUGGAGGUCCAGGAUUCAACUUUUCUUUGGAGCAACAGGUUGCUGCCUAUUUUUACAAGGGUAUCUUGUUUGGCACUGUUGGACUUGGUUGUGGGCUUACUUGUCACAACAUAAUUAAAUUUGUCAUGACUGGUAAUAGGAACACCAAGAAGUCAGAAGAGGGCAUUCCUGUUUCCUACAUAGUUAAAAAUGCUGCCUUCUGGGGUGUUCUCCUUCCACUUUCUUCUGGUUCCCGCUCUCAGAUUGUCAAGGGAUUGGAUCGAUUGGUUCAAGCAUCACCCCUAGCAAAGCAGGUUCCACUUGCUGCACUGGCUUUUGCAUUGGGCAUGCGACUUGCCAGCAAUAUAUAUGGCGGGCUGCUGUUUGUGCACUGGGCUAAUUGGAGUGGGAUGAUGAAGCGUGAAUCAUGACUCCUCCCUUUGGAUCUUGUAUCCUUGUUGUACUAUCCAUCUCUCUCCUUUUUCAUUUUGAUGAGUUGCCAUAGCAUGUUGUACCAGUAGAAUUUGGUUUCAAAACAAGAACUUGACAUAACCACGAGAACAUUCGGAUGCAAUAAUGAAGAUUGGCAAUCUGGAUCAGGAUGAAACUCUGUGAUGAGUUUGAGAA